AUGGCAGCGAAGCGCAAGGCGACCGCGCCGACUGGCGGCAGUUCGAAGAGGGUGGCGUCCGGCGUGAACACGCCCAUCAGCAUAGCCAGCAGUGACGACGAGUACACGGAGCCCACGGCGGAUGAGGUUGCGGAACAGGAGGAAAUGCGAAUGCUGGUCGAGCGCUUCCAACGCUCCAAGAAGGUUGCGGCUCCCGGCUUCAGGAGGUCAGAUGCCCUCUCCAGCCACUUUCAUGGCCAUGACUACUCGAGCCUGGACCUGAAGAAGGAGCAUACCGACCGCCCGCUCUGGGUCACUCCCGAGGGCAAGAUUAUCCUAGAAAGUUUCUCUCCUUAUUUCAAGACUGCCGAGCGUUUCCUCAUCAACAUCGCCGAGCCUCAAUCGCGUGUGUCCCUCAUGCAUGAAUACUCUCUCACCGCCAACAGCCUGUUCGCUGCCGUCUCGGUCGGUCUCUCGACGGACGAGAUCAUCAACCAGCUUGAGAAGCUGUCCAAGACGCCCCUGGACGACGAGGUCAAGGAUUUCAUCAUCCAAUCCACAAAGUCGUUCGGCAAGGUCAGGCUGGUCUUGAAACAGACCAAGUACUUCGUCGAGAGUUCUGAUCCCGACAUUCUCCGUACCCUACUGCGAGAUUCCAUCAUCGGUCCAUGCAGAAUAGACAACACCGAAGGCUUGAUGAAGACGACGGCUGCCAAGAAGGGAGACCUGGUUAUCCCUGGUACCAACAUGGCCGCCGGUGCCAAGCAGGCCGCCCAGGCACAGCCCCAGCCGGAAGACGCUGAUCAGAUGAUGAACGUGCUCAGGGAGGAAGAUGACGAUGAGGAAGAAGACCAGGUCCAUUCCUUCCAGAUAGACGGACCUAGCGUGCAGACCGUUUCGAAGCGCUGCCGAGCAAUCGGGUUGCCACUGACUGAGGAGUACGAUUUCCGCAAUGAUUUCGCCAACGCCAAUCUGGAAAUUGACAUCCGGCCUGGUGUUGAGAUUCGGCCGUAUCAAGAACAAGCUCUUACCAAGAUGUUUGGUAACGGACGUGCUCGUAGUGGAAUCAUCGUCUUGCCCUGCGGUGCUGGCAAAACCUUGGUCGGUAUCACAGCUGCAUGUACCGUGAGGAAGGGCUGCAUCGUGCUUUGCACAAGUACCAUGUCUGUGUUGCAGUGGCGUGAUGAGUUCAUUAAAUGGUCCAACAUCAACCCCAGCGACAUUGCCGUCUUCACUGCUGAACAGAAAGACUUCUUCUCGGGCAACACGGGUGUUCUGAUAUCCACGUACAACAUGAUUGCCAUGAACCGGACCAGAUCGUACGACUCGCAGAAGGUCAUGGACUUCAUCACACAGAGAGAAUGGGGUCUGAUGGUUCUCGACGAGGUGCACGUCGUGCCCGCAGAAAUGUUCAGUCGAGUCACGCACGCUGUACCCUCACACGCGAAGCUUGGUCUCACGGCCACUUUGCUCCGUGAGGAUGACAAGAUUGUGGACUUGAACUUCCUCAUCGGCCCCAAGCUGUACGAGGCCAACUGGCAAGAGUUGUCUGAAAACGGCUUCAUUGCCAAGGUCAUCUGCUCGGAAGUCUGGUGUCAAAUGACGACAGAGUUCUAUGCCGAGUACUUGAAGGCCAAGACAGUGAACAAGAAGUCACUCCUCUACACGAUGAACCCUCGCAAGUUCCAAGCAGCGCAAUUCCUCAUCGACUACCACGAAAAGAGAGGUGACAAGACAAUUGUCUUCUCCGACAACGUGUACGCCUUGAAAGCAUACGCAAGGAGACUCAACAAGGCCUUUAUUUACGGCGGUACUUCCAACCAGGAGCGGCAGACGGUUCUGCAGAACUUCAUGUACAACGAGGAUGUCAAGACCAUCUUCCUCUCCAAAAUUGGAGACACGUCUCUUGACUUGCCCGAAGCAACGUGCCUCAUCCAGAUUUCGUCGCACUACGGUUCACGACGUCAAGAGGCUCAGCGUCUAGGCCGUAUUCUACGAGCCAAGCGUAGGAACGAUGAAGGGUUCAACGCCUUCUUCUAUUCGCUCGUCUCGAAGGAUACAACCGAAAUGUUCUAUUCUUCGAAGCGACAGGCAUUCCUUGUGGACCAGGGUUACUCUUUCCGUGUCAUCACUCGGCUCCAGGGCAUCGAAAACCUCCCUGGGCUUGUGUACGCCACUCCGCAAGAGCGUCGAGAACUUCUCACGGACGUCAUGCUGCAGAACGACGUUGCGGGUGAGGUGGAGAAGAACGAUGGAGAUCUUUUCGAUAGGAAACACGGCAAUAGGUUCAAGAAGGGAGUCCGUCGCACUGCUGGAACGCUGAGCGAGCUGAGCGGUGGUCAGGACAUGGCGUACAUGGAGUACAACAGAGACAAGAACAAGGAGCUGCGGGCAUCUGGCAACCAGACGCUCAAGAAGCUCAAGCGCAGUCUUGGAAAGCAGAACAAGCGGGCGCUUCCUAUGUAG